GCUAUUAGGCUUUAUAGAAUGGAAUUGCUUAGUUUGCAUCUGGAUAAGAUACUUUAUUGUAAGUUAAUAAGUUUAGUAGAUACUAUUGUAAUAUGUCCUAUUCAUAGUCUUUCUAUAAUUUUUUAAACAAAAUUAACAAGUGUUUUUGGUCCUGUUAUGUAAGUGGUUGAUGCAGAAUAGACCAGUGGAAUUUGCCAAAGAGCCAUCUGACACAGACCUACUGUCACAUUUUCCCUGGGGACAUAUUUACUCCAGAGCCAUCUGACACAGACCUACUGUCACAUUUUCCCUGGGGAUAUAUUUACUCCAAAGAGCCAUCUGACACAGACCUACUGUCACAUUUUCCCUGGGGACAUAUUUACUCCAAAGAGCCAUCUGACACAGACCUACUGUCACAUUUUCCCUGGGGAUAUAUUUACUCCAAAGAGCCAUCUGACACAGACCUACUGUCACAUUUUCCCUGGGGACAUAUUUACUCCAAAGAGCCAUCUGACACAGACCUACUGUCACAUUUUCCCUGGGGACAUAUUUACUCCAAAGAGCCAUCUGACACAGGCCUACUGUCACAUUUUCCCUGGGGACAUAUUUACUCCAAAGAGCCAUCUGACACAGACCUACUGUCACAUUUUCCCUGGGGAUAUAUUUACUCCAAAGAGCCAUCUGACACAGGCCUACUGUCACAUUUUCCCUGGGGACAUAUUUACUCCAAAGAGCAGAAACCCAUUGUGCUCUUAGUAGGCUACAGUGGGGAAAUUAAAAGCUAAAAGCAAUUAAAAAACAAUUUCAUUACAAAUAAAGUGCAACAAAACGCUCACCAAAUUUUGCUUAUCAAUGUUCGCAUGUGUGUGUUUGUGUGUUACGGGCUUGCGAUCACUGACUCGUUGUGAUGCGAUGACCGACUGGCAGAAGAAACUGACCACUAAACAGAACAUGGUAACGAGGGAGAAGGGGACAGAUGCCUUUCAGCGGUCUCUAUCUGAACCAUAGUGAAGUGGGGAUGUACCAGUGUGUGUCCUGCGACCCUCCCCUCUUCAGUUCAGAGGUGAAGUAUGACUCGGGCAUGAGCUGGCCGGCAUUCAAAGAGGCUCAUGGGACGUGGGAAUGCGACGAGAGCCACGUAUCCAUCAUCCGUCACCCUGACAACACCCUGGGUAGUGCAGAGACAGAGGUCGUCUGUAAACAUCCCUUACAGAAUUACCCACCACAAAAGGACCAAGCAGCGGAGGAGGAAGGAGCCACAGGAGAACAGCGUGAUGGACUGGACAUGGGAGGACAUCCUGGACGGCAAGGGAUCCUACACUUGGGAGGAGAUCCUGGUCGGAGGGGAUCGCCUCCCAUGGGAACAGGUAGUGGCACUCAGAAGAGCGGAGGGGGCACAGGGGCUGUUUGGCGGGGCGAGGAUGGAGCCCCAGGCCAGCUCCCCACACUAGCCCUGAGGUGCGCAGCCCAGUCUGACUCGGCCUGUUCCCACUCCCCGCACUAGCCCUAAGGUGCGUGUCUCCAGGCUGGCACGUCCUGUACCAGCCCCACGCAUCAGGCAUCUAGUGCGUCAGCCCAGCCUCGCCAGUCAGGAGUCGCCAGAGCUGCCCGCCAGUCAGGAGU